AUGGAAGCGCCACGUAAACGACAACGCGCCAAUACCAACGGCGACUCAGCUGUUCCGCAAACAGCUCGAGCGUCAUCCGUCUUGCCUCCCGAACCAGACAUGAAGGGCUUCAUCGACAUUUUACACGUCGCCAAUAACGGACAGCUCAUCAAGGAUGUUUUGCUCGAGUGUUAUAUUGUUUCGCCUAUCGUCGCCUCGAUGUUGCGACGCCUUUACAAUCAUCACGUCCAGCUCCAAGAAGAGCGGAGCGUGGAGGGCGCCGACCACACCGGACCAGGAGACAGAGCAGAACUUGAUCAUGGCGUCAAUGCAGGCGUACAGGACGGCAGCGAGCAGGAUACUCGUUCUACAGUCAUCAACUUCCAGUAUUACGCCGACCAUGUGUGGCACGCGAUCAACAAGCGCUACAGAAAAUACGGUAGCUCCAAGCAAUGGGAUGCUUCCUUUGUUGUCACGGACGAGAUUGAGGACAUCACCAAGGUCAUCCGGGACAAAGCCACUCAAGCACAUGCUCAUCCCAAAACAAAGAGAUCGGCGCUUGAAACGCUGCGCAAUAUCGGAGUAGUGAUAUGUAAAGGCCUAGACGAGAUUAGUCACCAAGUCUGUCUUAGGUUCCAAAUACCAACUACACUAGUUGAAGCUAUAAAGGCCAUUAUUAAUAAGAUGACUGAUAACAAGCGCAAAACUCUGCGCGAAAUGCACGACGGAGAAGCCACCUUCGUAAAGAAGAUGAGGAGGUUUCAGCGUCUUGCAGGUGGCAAUUGUAUCUUCGAGGGCAUUGCAGGAGUUUUCAAACACCUUUAUGGGGAGGAAGCUGAAAUGCUAGAAAGUUUGGAGGAGCCAGACUCGGACGAAGGGCAAAGAGGGUGGACAGAAUCGAGCAAUGAGCCUGGAGUCCGACGUCCUUAUUACCGACCGCCGAUCAACUACCGAGGAUGGUGA